AUGAAGCAAGUUAAAUUCGUCCCACACCAAUCUGAAUGGACCGAUGAAGAGUUUCAAGCCAUCGUUGAAGACGUUGAGAACGACAUAGACGGCGAACUUGAAGGAGCUCAAAUCACAAUUGCAACCAAAAUUGCAGAGGUCAGGAAGAUAGCUCCACUUAAAGCUACCAAAGUACUCUUGACCUCAUGGAUAGUUACCGUUUAG